UGGUCACCAAAUGACUUAUAAACUUUAGAAAACCACAACACAAGCAACUGACUUUUUAAAUCAGGUUUUCUCUUUAUAUAUAUCGAGUACUAUUGUGUCUAGACCUUCAUAGUUUGUUUGUUGAUCACAACAAUGGCACAAAAGAAGUUUGUGGUUGAGAUUGAGAAGGCGAAGGAGGCAGCCAACGGGCAGCCGUCGAUGGGACCUGUUUAUCGAAAUCUACUAGCGAAAGAUGGAUUCCGGCCACUGACUCCCGGAAUUGAUAGUUGUUGGGAUAUUUUUCGUGUGUCUGUUGAGAAAUUUCCUAAAAACCGAAUGCUCGGUGAGCGCGAGAUUGUUAAUGGGAAGGCUGGUAAAUAUGUGUGGUUAACUUAUGAAGAAGUAUAUGAAAUAGUAUUGAAGGUUGGAGCUUCCAUCCGUAGUUGUGGUAUCAAGAAAGGUGCGAGAUGUGGAAUCUACGGUGCCAACUGCAUGAAAUGGAUCAUAAGUAUGCAGGCCUUCAAUGCCCAUGGACUAUACUGUGUUCCCUUAUAUGACAGUCUAGGUGCUGGUGCAGUGGAAUAUAUCAUUUGUCAUGCUGAGAUUUCACUUACCUUUGUAGAAGAAACUAAAAUUCCUGAGGUCUUAAAAACAUUUCCAAACACCAUAAAGCAUUUGAAAACUCUUGUGAGCUUUGGAAAGGUUACAGAUGAACAAAAGAAGGUAGCUGAAAAUUUUGGUCUGGCAUUAUAUUCUUGGGAUCAGUUUUUGCAGCUGGGAAAGAAUGAGCACUUUGAUCUCCCGAUAAAGAAGAAAACAGAUAUUUGUACAAUAAUGUAUACUAGUGGCACAACUGGUGAUCCAAAGGGAGUAGUGAUAUCCAACAAAAGCAUUCUUUCGAUUAUAUCUGCAGUAAAUCACUCACUAGAGAGCAUGGAUCAAGGGUACUCUGAGGAGGAUGUAUUUUUGUCAUAUCUUCCUCUAGCACAUAUUUUCGAUCGAGUCAUAGAGGAACUGUUCAUUUCUAUUGGAUCCUCAAUAGGGUUUUGGCGUGGGGAUGUGAAACUAUUGAUUGAAGACAUCAGAGAACUAAAACCAACUGUUUUAUGUGCUGUUCCGCGAGUCUUAGAUAGGAUAUAUUCAGGUUUGAUAGAGAAGACUUCUUCCGCGGGUUUUGUCAAAAAUGCAUUGUUCAACGUUGCAUACUCAUACAAACUGCGUAACAUGAAUAAAGGCUACAAACAUUUCGAGGCUGCUCCACUUUUUGAUAAAAUUGUUUUUAGCAAGGUGAAGGAAGGUCUAGGUGGAAAAAUUCGUCUCAUUCUAUCUGGAGCAGCACCUCUUGCUACCCACGUGGAAACCUUUCUACGAGUGGUGACUUGUGCUCAUGUUUUACAAGGAUAUGGUUUAACUGAAACCUGUGCGGGGUCCUUCGCUGCACGGCCAGAUGAACUAGCAAUGAUUGGUACAGUUGGUCCUCCAUUGCCAAGUUUGGAUGUGUGCCUAGAAUCUGUUCCUGAAAUGGGAUACGAUGCCCUAUCAAGCACACCUCGUGGUGAAAUAUGUAUACGUGGUAAUGUUCUGUUCUCUGGAUACUACAAACGCGAGGACCUCACUAAAGAGGUGAUGAUUGAUGGAUGGUUCCACACAGGCGAUAUUGGUGAAUGGCAACCGGAUGGAAGCAUGAAAAUUAUUGAUCGCAAGAAAAACAUUUUCAAGCUUUCACAAGGAGAGUAUGUAUCAGUUGAGAAUCUGGAGGGUAUUUAUUCUCUUGUUUCUGGUAUUGACUCGAUAUGGGUCUAUGGGAACAGUUUCGAGUCCUUUCUUGUCGCUGUUGUGAACCCCAACCAGCAAUUUUUGGAAUGUUGGGCUGAAGAGAACGCAGUGGCUGGCGAUUUUGAUACUCUGUGUGAGAAUUCUAAGGCAAAAGCAUACAUUCUCCAAGAACUUACUAAGAUUGGAAAAGAAAAGAAGUUAAAAGGUUUCGAGUUUAUUAAAGCUGUCCACCUCGACCCAGUGCCAUUCGACAUGGAGCGUGAUCUUCUCACUCCGACUUACAAGAAGAAGAGGGCUCAGUUUCUCAAAUACUAUCAGAAUGUCAUUGAUGGUAUGUAUAAAAGCGCAAAAUAAACAAUCUGAUGAUGAUGAUGAUGAUUAUGAUGAUGCGCAAGCCUUCAUGUUGAUCAAGAAAUGUCUGCUAAAAAUACCAAAUGCGGUUAAAUUCUUUAUUUGUAUUAGCAAAUUCAAAUACCUUCUUUGUUCAAAAAAAAUUCAAGUACGCCUUCCACUCCUUUGCACUUCGGAAUUCAAUGUUAUUAUGUUGAGUCUCAAUGCUAGUUCGGAAA